GUGUCACUUGUCACAUGACCCAUGACUACAGGAGGUGGAAGUGGGAAGAAGCUGGGAACCGUCGCCGGUAAGUCUAGAGAUUUGAGGGUGGGAAGCGGGGGGUCUGGCCACUGCUGUGAUUGACACAUACGGAUACUCACACCCGCUUGCUUGCUUGCUUGCCUGGUUUCCUUCUCUCCAACAUUUUGAAAAUCAGCUGGAGCUUUAAAAAGCAAAAUACUCCUGAGUUUCUCUUUUUAAAAACAAACAAACAUUCGUUUGUUUAUUUAUUUUUAGGGGUUGUUAGUUCCAUCCCGCUUUUCAGGUUAUAACAGCAACAACAACCCCCGGCCCGCGAAGCUACAGGAAAGGCGAAGGUGGCAAAUGAAGGGAUGAAGUAGUAAGCCAAAACCUUUAGAAACGGAAGGCCUGAGCAAACCCCAAAUAUUUUUACUGUAUGUGUGUGUAUAUAAUGUCGACAGGCUUGGAAACCGCAGGCACUCUGGGUCUCCAGCCCCACUGCCUGUCUUGUCCCUUUAAAGCUUUAAAGAGGGCAGGGGUUGUCUCUCUGAGUACCUCAGCAGCUAAGCUCUUCUGUUCAGAAGGUGCCCUUAAGAUAUGUACUGUCUAUGAGGCGGACUGUUCUACGGUGAAGAGGGCCUCAGGCCCUUUAAGGCAGACUACAUUAGCCUACUGCCUGCCCUUCAGCAGUUUUGGACUACAACUCUCAUCAUCCUUAGCCAGUAUGGUUGUAGUCCAAAACAACUGGAGUAUUAUACUAGGUUGGUAAGAGCAGUGUUCAAAACUCCCAUUGUUUUAGGCACAUUUUGUGACGGAAUUUCAUUAGUGUGAACAGUUUCUGAGCUCUGGGCACAGUACUGCACCUAAGAUUUCAGAUUAAAACUGCGGAGUGGAAGGAAAGAAGGACCUUUUUCUGCCUCCCCACUUCCAGCUACUCUCUGAAGACUGGAGAAGAGACCCUCUUAAGAAUAUUAAUGUGAGCAUAAUGAACAUAAUAUUUUAGCUGCAGUUUGUUCAUUUUCAGCUUUGUAUUGUUAUUUUAAAAGUGUGCCGUUGUUGCACCCACAACCUAGGUUUAAGAUGCCAUUUAGCUCCUAGCUUCAUAUCUCAGUUUCUAACACUGGGUAAGAGUUGCUUUCAUAUCACUAUGGACACCUGGACUUAUUUUUGGGCAGUCACUGUAGAGUUUUCCCCAGAGAGCUGGGCUGCCAUUAACCUACUCAGCUGUGGGACAAAUUGCUACGUUUUGUGCCAGUGGAAGUGUCUAGACAGUCUAUAUGGGGUGUGCUUUUCAGUUGUGUUGCUCUACAGUGCCUUGCUGUAGGAUGAGGCUGAAUCAAGCCAUUGGGUGCCCUUCCUCCUUUUCUGAGGUACCCACAGAAUAGCCUUUGGCUCUACUAGGGGCACCAUGAUCUUCCUUGGACACAUGCUAAGGAGGUUCAUCCACCUAUUUGCUUUGCUCAGAUUAUAGGGAAGUUUGUAUUGCUUCUUUUAUUGCGUUGCUUAUUGUUUGGGAUUCAGCUUUUCUGUUGGAACUGCUGUUUAUGUGCUCACUAUACAUAAGCGCAAGGACUGAGGCAGGUUUGCUUCUUGAAUUGGCUGAUUGCUGCAGCUACUUGUAAAGAUAUACUGUAGCCUGAGUGAUACUGUUUAAACAAAGGGGUGUGUGUGCAAAUGAAUUGUGUAGAUUCUUCCUGGUUGUGGCAAGGAGCUCCAGAGAGUUCUACAAAGAAAUAUGGGAGUAAAAUCUGAUUCCACAAAGGAGAGAGGACAGCACUCUCUGUCACGCAGAUAACAGCUGAUGUAGACACGUCAUGAGGCAUGUUGAAUGAUUUUUGCCACUGCCUCUUGCAUUGCUGUGUGUGAACUAUUGGACUUCUUGUUUGCAUCUUGCUCAUUUUGUUGAAAGGAACUACCAACAUUGAUGUUCUCUGGGUACACUAGAACUGUAUCCAUAUGUGGGAUUGAUCUAACACCAUCCACCUAUAAUUUACCUUAUGUUCUGUUUAACUCAAUUUUUGGCUCAUUCUCAGUGCAUCUGAGACCAUAGAGGGAAUGAAGUGAAUUGGUAUGUGUGUCACCUGUCACCUUCACAGAAUGCUGGGUUUGAAGGAGAGUAAUAAAUAUGCAAUGAUUGAAUGUGUUAAUGAUUAGCUGACUUUGUUUGGUUCCUCCUGAGCAGCUUGCGUGGUUGCUAGACUCACACUCUGUUGUGAACCAACUCUGUCUUCCUGCUCUUGGAGAUCUGUAGGUAGUGCAAAUCAACAAACUCACUCUUCUGUGAGGGAUAGAAAAUGAGCGAGGAAACUCAUUCAGGAGGGGGUGUUCCUGCUUCUUCUUCUAACCUUACCUGCCCACUUGUCAUUCAGAGACUUAAAAUACAAAACUUUUUAUGAUCCAGAAGCUCAAGCAUGAAGAAGUUCCUCCUCUUUGCUGAACGAAAAGCUCCCGUAGGGCUGCUGCUGCUCUUCAUCAGAGCUUGCUGUGUGCAAACAAAUGCUGGCAGUCCUUAACUGAGCUGUUCUGCACCCACUUCCUCUUUGAAGCUCUCUUCUUCCUUCUGCCUUUGCUGUCUUACUCAGUGAGGGGAAUUUCCCACACUACCCCCUGGGGCCUCGUUUUUCCGGAACUGUUGCUGGAUUGGGGCUUCUGAUGGUUCUCUUCAAGCAGCUCUAUCUGUUCCAGGAUUCAGAACUCAACAACUGGAAAAGUUCUAAGUUUGGAAGGUGCAGUUAUCAGUAUGGCUGGUGAGAGCAAGGUAUUUCCUGAGCCAAAGAGGCAAACUUAGAGAAGCAGCAGGAAGCAUGAGUAGCCAAACUCCUAGCAUCCCACUCCAUCAGGCCAUGCUAGCUGUGGCCAUGGGCGUAGCCAAGGAGGGGCCGGGGGGCAACUGCCCCCCAAUCAAUACAAAUCAAUACAAAUCUGAGGUUCUGUCCCCCCUAACAAAAGCCUGCCCCCCCUAACAAAAACCCUGGCUAUGCCCAUAUCUGUGGCUGAUGGAAGCUGGAGCCCAUAAACCAGGUCUCCUCCCAUUCCCUAGUGCUGAUGCUCCCAGCUCGGUGUCCAGUACCAGAACUUGGAGGAGACUCGCCCCGACUUUUCAGACAAUGUGUCACCUGUUGCUCUCUCACUUUCAUAGGCAUCCAGCGAUGAAAUGGCUUCUGUGGGGUUGCCUGGAGAGAAAUCUCCACUUACUGUGAAAGGUGAGUCCUCUGGUCCAGGAGCAACUCUGUGGAGUUUGGCAGCAAUUGUUGUUUCUGGUCUGCCCCUCUGUCAGCUCUGGAUGUCCUUUCUCCUUGGCUCGCCUGUGAAAUUCCCAUCAGCUGCAAGGAUUUUUUGUGUAAGCGUAGCUGCGCCGUGGGGUUGUGUUCAGUUAAUUUACAAACCUCUUUCCAUGAAGCAUCUUAAAGGAAUUUCAUAACACAUUAAAAAACACAUAUAAAAACAAUCACACAUAUUAAAAAACAAUUUCCGAUGCAUUAAAGAUACUGACUGGUUAUCAGCCAAGUUCAGAUCAGAAUAUUAGGAAGCUUAUAGAACCCACAAAACAAGUGAGAUUCUUCCUAUGAGCCGAACAAACAUUUAUAUUGCUUUAUGGGUGCUGUUCUGAGCUAUUCAGACUCACAAAUAAUUAUGCUGAGCAAAAGCUUAAAAAAACAACAGUAGGGAGCAGAGCAGUCUGGAUGAGAACAUUUCAUGUAUCCCAGGAGGUGCUAAAUAUUCUCUAAAAUGAAGAGGAGGCUAGUUUACAUUGAGGUGGGUAAUUUGUGGCCCUUCAGAGGUUGUUGGGUUCUCAUUUCCCUCAGCACCAGCCAGUGUGGUCAGUAGUCAGGGAUGGUGGGAGUUGUCAUCUGAAGGGCAACAGAUUCCCCCCCUUUACACUGCUUUUAUUUUAAGCAGCUGCCAGUUAAGAAGAGCUCCAGAAAGCACUGUAGCCAGCAUUUGGGUGGUCCCAUGAUAGUUCCUUGACUUGUUUGCUGUGGUCUUUCAGUCAUUCCCAGUCAUUCCCACUUGUGCUGUCCCCAGCGUAGGGAUGACUUCUUCUUUUUUAGCAUGACCCAGAAUUUCCUUGCCUGCGAGAAAACCCCUGCCAACAGGAUGACUGUGUGACCUUCUGAUCUUUUCCCUACAGCUUGCCAAGGUGGCCUGAACUUUAGCAGUCCCCACUCCUAACUACUGUCAGUUCAGGGUGGGGAACAAAUGGGUUCUCUCAUCAGUAUUUGUUUGUGUGUGUGUACACACACACACACACACAUGCAUAUAUAUGCAAGGGUGGGUGUGGGAAGAGAAACAGCUUCCCUACCGUCUAGUCAUAACAGCAAUGGACUUUUACCUGCUGAUCCUGCAAACUUUGGAUCCAGGCCAGAGAGGCAUGACUGUGGUAGGGUUACUUACCGGGUCCUUCCGCACCCUGAGAGCCAUCACUGCCAUCCCAUCUCACUGCAGGAACUCAGCUAACUACAACUGCUUAAAUUCAUUCUACAAGGAGGAAGGCUGGAAGUUGCUUUAUACUGAGUCCAUAUAGAUUAAUAUUGUCCACACUGAGUGGCAGCAGCUCUCCCGGGUUUCAGGCAAGGGUAUCUCCCAACUCUACUGAUAUGUGAGUGUUUAAUUCUUCACAUUGCCCUCCAGUCUCAAGGGUUAAAAAUGAGACCCACAAGCUUUUCUCUUGUCUUCUGGCCUGUUGUGACAGCAAUGUGCCAUUGGGUCAUUGCUCAUAAGGACUGAGAGGCAAGUCUCCCCUUUCUUCCCCCCCACCCCAGACUUGUUUUUCUGGCUAGCUGGUGCCCCCCCCCCAACAUGAAUGCUUUGGUUGCACCUCAAGCAGCUGCAGGGGGGGAGCGUAUGAUGGGGCCAGACGGCAGCCUCUUGCGGCUGUUAGGUCUGGCCAGCUGCACAUGCUGUGCCACCAGGGGGCUCCCAACACUGGCCGUUGCAGGAGCGUUUCUGCACAGGCUGCAGCUGCUCUGCCUUCCUCUCGUGGCUGAAAUGUCAGUCCCUGGGUCUGUAGUCGGCACUCAUCAGCCUUGGCACUCUCCAGCUAGGGCUAGACUCUGGGUCUCAAGUAAGAGACCCUCUGGAAUGCCAAGGGGGCACUCUUGCCUCCUUGUCCAGUGCAAGCUCCCAAGGUGGGGAGGGGAGGAGAGUGGCUGUUUGAACCAGCAGUAGCCAAAGUGGUGCUGUUUGGCUCCAGCUCCAGUCACCCCCAACAGCCACCAUAGCCAGUGGUCAGGCAUGAUGGGAGUUGGAGUCCAGCAAUAUCUGGAGGGCACCACAUUGAGCUGCCCGUAUUCUAGCCUUUGUUUGGAUGGGAAGGGACUUCUAUCACGCUACGGGCCAGCAGGUUUGCUUCCCAGGGUUCUUUGCGGGAAUCCAGGGCUCUUCAUCUAUUUUCAAGUGAGGGUUAGGGUUAGAUAGGCCCUUUGCCCUGCUUGUUCCUUUGGCAGUCUUGUGCUUGCAUAAAGGGUGGAACCAACAAUGGAGCCUCCUGUGUAAAGCGGAGGGGUUAAAAGGGCACAGUUGGGUGGCAUUGUCACUCUCCCUGGCAUGCAAGUAGAUCUGGCUACCCCAAAAUCCCUACCAGGUUAGCCUGGGGCAGGCGCCACCCACCACUCCAGCUGAGGAGCAGCUACUGAACUUCCUCCACUUCCUCCCUCCAGUGGUGUCAGCAAAGCCCAAGGCACAGGGGCGCCAGGCUCGGAUUACCUGCUUUGUGGAGGUGACGGCGGAUGGGCUCACCAGCGAGACCAAGAAGACAGCAAAGCGGAUUGGGAGCUCAGAGCUGCUCUGGAACGAGAAUCUUGUGCUGUAAGAAUUUGGGGCUCUAGGGAAUUGGGGUGUGUGUGUGAAACAGAGCUGAGGCAGGCGCUGGCUUUGCCCAGGUGGGUCUGCUCUGGCCCCAAGGGCUUGCCCAGGCUAGCAGCUGUGUAGGAGCAAAAGUCGUGGGAUGGGCCUUAGGCUCUGUGGCUGCGGCAGCUGCUCUUUCCAUGGUGAAGCAGGAGACCUUGCAAGGGACACAUCUGCAUGUUAUCAGCUGUGUUUCCAAACAAGGGAAGGCCCUUGGCUCCCCCUGACUUGUCAUCUUAAGCCUGUUUGCCGAAAUGACUAGGCCUUGGAAGGCCUCUCACUGGGGCCUGGGAUGACCUAGUUUGCUGUUCUUAUGUUUGGGAAGCCUAAUGACGGGUCGAGAGCACUCACAUUCUUUUCAUUUAUUUCUGCAGAGCCCCCUUUUCACCUUUUAACGUUUAGUUUUGUCCCCAAAUUGGCUUUUACUGAACGUCCCUCAUGCUUGGCACAAGGCAAACUUGAUCCCACCGCCUCACCAACCUGUCUUCUUUUGCACCCUCUUCCUCCCACAACUCCACUGCAGGAAUGUCACCUCACAAAGCCACCUUGACGUGAAACUCUGGAGCUACCACACCCUGCGGAAUGAGUUGCUGGGCACAGCCUCCAUCAGUCUCCCCAGUGCACUGAAGCAGAGCAAAGGGAAAGGUAUGUCCCAUGGUAGAGACUCUCCACAGCUCCCUCCGCUGGCCUGUCCUCCUGUUUGGGCAUCACCAGGUUUUCUGCGUCCUCUGGCAGGGGGAAAUAAGGCAUACCUGGUGGAGGAAAUGCUCUGGCCUUGGCAGAAGACAAGGCCUCAUUGUGAGCGGCUGGGAGGCCUGUCAGGCGCACAGGGCUGCUGCUGCUGGUGUGUCUGAUGGAGGCCACCCCUUCACCAGCCAGGAAAGCAGAGCAGCCCGCCCAGCAACACGAGGCCCUUGGCUGUCUGCUGCCAUUUGUGGUUGCUGGAGUGGCCCGUGGCGGCAGCCGCUGCUUCUGCUGCUACAUAAAGGCCUCUAUUCAGGGGGCUCCCGGCAGGGAAAGGCUCUCUCCGUCUCCUUCAGCCCAAACUGCUCCCCUGCCCCCACCAUGGCCCCCGCCUCACAGAAUACAGACCUCGUAUUGAGAAGUGCCGGGCCUGGAGAUAGCAGAUGGAGGUGGGGGCAAAGUCAGAGCAACAGCCAGCUACUUUUCUGGGGCAGUCUCUUCUCCCUGGGCUUAGGCCUGAUGGUCUGGUCCACUAGCUUUGAGAUGUCUGGGCCUUGGUGAGCAGGCUUUGACUGGAGGUGAGUGGAGAGAGACCCCCUGCUCUGGGUCAAGAAAAUGAGCGGAGGCUUACCUGCACCUUCCCUUGCAGUGUCACAGCUCCUUGCUGCACUGGUGUCUCAGAGCAAAAGGUGGCAAGGGCUUCAUGGUUGCUGGAAGUGGCUUUUGUGUGUGCGCGGGGGGGGGGGGUUAACAUUGGGGCUGCCCUUUUGGGGCCUUGUGGUGUGGUUGGAGGGCGAGUGUUUGAGAUCCUGCCUGAGUCGCCCUCCCGCCCUCUCCUCGCCCACCUGAGCUGCUCCUCUUCCUCCUUGUGUGCCGGACACAAUGCUCCUUUCAUGAGGCAAGGCGUAGUUUUGGGCGGCAAAUGGAAAAGGCUCCGCUCGGUACCAAAAAGGAUGGAAUUUUCCCUGGCACUGGCUGCGAGGGGAGGCUUCUUAAAGCGACAGCACAGCCACUGCCGGUGAGUGUCAGAAGAUCAGGCUUUCUUUCUCCCUGCGGCUCUGAGGCAAGGGCUGCUCGCUGUGGUUGUUUUCCUGGAUGAAUUGCAUAAGAACAUAGGAAAGGCUCUGCAGGAUCAGGCCAGUGGCCCAUCUAGUCCAGCACCCUGUUCUCGCAGUGGGCGACCAGAUGCCUGUGGGAAACCUGAGCAAAAGAGCACUCUCCUCUCCUGUGGUUUCCAGCAGCUGAUAGUCAGAAGUUACUGCCUCUGAUGGUGAAGGCAGAACAUGGUCAUUAUGGCUAAGAGCUGUUGAUAGCCUUGUCCCCCAUGGAUUUGUGUAACUCUCUUUUAAAGCCACCUGAGUUGUUGGCCAUCACUGCCUCUUGUGGGAGUGAGUUCCAUAGUUUAAAGAUGUGCUGUGCGAAGGAGUAGUGUCUUUUUCUGUCCUGAAUCUUCAUUCCACUUCAUUAGAUGUGCUCGAUUUCAAGUGCUAUGAAAGAAGGACUUCUCUGUCCACUUUCUCCAUGCCAUGCAUAACUCCAUAUUCUUCUACCAUCCCUUUCUUGCCUUUUCUCUAAACCAAAAAGUCCCAAAUGUUGUAACCUUUCCCCAUAGGGCUGUUGCUCCAUCCCUUUGAUCGUUUUGCCUUUUCCAACUCCACCAUAUCUUUCUUGAGGAGAGGAGGUUACUCCAGGUAGAGCAGAUUGACAGCUGGCACUGAGAAUGGCCACUCUCACUUCUCCUUGCCAUGGGUGUGGGUGUCUGCUCCCCGUCAGCCUUCCAUUGAGCAAGCACCCAAAAUCACCCUCCCUUCCUCUAUGUCCUGGGCAGGAGAGAAAGGGCAGCCCUUGUGAGCUGCCGAUCUAAAGAGUGGGGAGGGGGGUCCUAUUGGUUUAAUUUCUAUCCUGCCUCAUUGCUAGGGCUCUGCACCCAUUUCAGGAUAUGCAAUGCACAGCUAAUGAGAAAGCAAUACCCUGAGAUAUCUGCAAAACCAGCUACAAUGGCCACCUGGUUCUACCAACAGGCGCCUCAGAUCCAAAUGCCUUUCUCUGUGAUGCUCUGGCUGGGGGUGGAUACAGUCUUGAAGGCACAAGAUGGGAGAUUCAUGUGGCUCAUCUCUCAGGUGCUUGUGUGUCCUCCCUUCUUCUGAGGAGCUGAGAGUGGAGGCUUCCUCCCUGUGAAGUAGCAUCAUUGAGAGGCCUACCUGAGGCUGCCCAAUGAGCCUCAGGGCUGAAGAAUGAUUUGAACUGGCCUUGCUGGGCUGCACUGGGAGAGGAGGAAGCCGCAGCUCCUUCCUGGCACUUUGCCAGCUGCCUUUAGGCCUCCUGGAGUGGAUGGAUGGGCACACCUGAAGUUUUCUUGGGAUCUCCAGCUGGGUCAGCAGCCUUUGUGUGCCCUGAAGAUCCCUGCAUGUUCCUUGAGCAUCUUCUGUCCUUGUCCCAAGGGUCUUUGCUGCACCAGAAUGGCAGUGGUGGGGUGGGGAGUUCUUCCCAGCCUAGCUGUGCUCCUUGGACAUCUGCUCCAGAAGCGCUCUGCCAGAACCAACGUUUUGGCCAGGCAGCCCCUGCAGAGCUCCAGUAGGAGAGGCUGUUUGGGGAGAUGGAGGGUGGGGUGCAAAUUAGUUCAAUAAGAGCCAGCCGGCUACUGCCUUGGCUGCAGCAGCUCCCAGUCCCUCAUCGGAUGCAUCGAUUGCAGCUCCAGAUUCCCACCCACCCGCAAGGGACUCUUUGUUCUCAAGCCUGUUCUGGGCACAGGUUUACAACCCCCCCCAACCUGGAGGCUGAUCCCAUUUCUACUGUGUGAGUGCAGCAGCUUCCUUCGUAUGUCCUCUCGCCUGCCAGCCAGGCAGGGAAUGGGGCCUUCCGCCAAGGCUCUUGAAGCAGCCAGCAUCUGAAUCAAGGCCGGACCCAGAGCAGGGGGUGUGGCUCAGAAGAAAUCUCUCUCUGUGUGUAAAAACAAAUCCUCAUGUGGCUGCAUCAAUUGAGUGUGAAAACAAGGGGCCUGGAGCCUUUCGGGCUGCAGUGUGCAAACAACACCUCCCCCCGCCCCUACAAUCAUCACCCUUGUUCUCAGGUUGCAUCAAGAGGUUCUUGUUUAGGGAGCCCCCUUCUUCCCCCCCCCCCAAUGCUUUUACAGCUCCUGCAAAGGUCUGUGACUUUGCUUCUCAUUCUGCCUGGCCCCAGGCAGGGAUGCUGGAGCUGCAGCCACAAAGAAGUCAUUCAGAAGGAAGCCAGCCCUGAUUUCUGCUCCACACAAAGUAGUAGCAGGAUCCAAGGAGGAAGUUGUAAGGAUGGAUGGAUGGGCUCCUCGUUGGAAAGCCAACCUCAAAGACGGCUUCACUGAACUGUGGCCAGGCCGAUGCUGGGAAAGAGUUGUGUGGGCAACCAUGUUUUGGGGUCCCACGUCCUGCUUUGCCCCUUCCUCUGGCUAUCCCUCUAAUAGUAGCGCCUCUCCUUGCAAGCCAGCUGGCAAAGCUUGUUCUGCUGGGUGUACAAGGCUUCUUCCAGAAAGGUGCCUUGCAUCUCAGCGAUUGUCCUCUUUAAACCCUCAAGUGUCCUUGACUAGCCUGCAGGGCUCUUUCCCCUUCCCUACCAGAACUCCCUCCCAAUCUUCUAUUCUCGUUGACAGACUGCUAGCAUGUAGGCUAAAUGAAGCUACUGCUUGGUGGAUUUGUACCCAGUAGGGGCAUAUGGAAGGUCCCUGGUGUCUACAACACCCUAGAGAACCAUGGCCAAUCAGUGUAGACAAUCCUGAACUCCACAAACCAACUUUCUCUGCCCUCUUUCCCUCAUCAGACAGCUUUCUCUGACCCUAUUUCUCCCUAUGUGUUCCUGUGCACCCAACCAGAGAAGCACUCCCCUCAUUGGUUAGAGUGGUGCUUUUCCCUUGGCGACUGCUAUACUGUAGGGAGCCACUGGCUGAAAGGCCCUGCCAGAGAAAAAAGGGGCCUCCCCUUCUUCCUUUCUAGGAAAAAGAGGCAGGAACUCUGGGAUCGCAUCCCUUGCUUUUGCUGGGAAAGCUCUUAUACCCCAAGCCUGUGCAAACUGACAAGGAUUGCCUUGGCCAGAGAGCCUUUGGCCUUCAUUCGAUUGGCCACCAUCUUGAUUUGAUUUAUUAUAUUUCUAUGCCACUUUUCAUUCAAAUGAUUCCCAAAGUGGCUUACAAACAAUAAGCAAUUAGAGCAUGAUAGAACAUAUUAAACAUCACAAAUACAGGCUCCUUCUGUUCCCUGAGGGCUCCCUGCUCCUGGUGCCCAGAAGGUGGAGGCGGAGCUCUCUCCUUCCUUUCCCCUCUGCAUCGCUUCUCAUCCAUGUUAAGCCUUGGGCUGCCUUCCUCUUUGCUGUCUUGUUCACAUCGCUCCAGGCAUGUCCACCCUGGGGCACUGGGGAGCCUGUCCAGCAGCUGGAACUUCCUUCCUUUUUCCUUCCCUUCCUUGUUCCUGCUCCUACUGGCCUGACUGCUGGAAAGCGCAGGUCCUUCUCAUGUCCUGGCUAGGAAUUCCCUGCCAAACGGGAGCGCUGAGGCUCCAAGCGGUGCAGCGGAGGUAGUGAACUGAGGAGGCCUUAUGUAAGGCUGGGGCAGCCCCUUCCCCCAAAUGAUAACAGCCCGUCCCCCCUGCACACAAGCUGGCUUUGUGUGCGGCCGCAGAGGGACCCUCGGCUGCUGCAACAGCAAGGUCCCUUUAUGUGUGCCUGGGCCAUGGGCCGUGGUGGAGGGGCCCGGGCGUGUUUAUUUUCUUAAAGAAAGCAGAGGGAGGGGAAAGUGGUGUUCACUGCCCUGCCUGGAGACACAGGCACCUUGUCUCUGCCAGGGGACAAAAGGGCUCUGUGCAGCCUGCAGCAGGAGCAGAGGGCUGCCAAGGUGGGGCAGCGGGGAGAGAAAGGGGCGAGGACAGGCUCCCUGCAUCACCAAAGGCAUGCUGGUGGCCCCUUGGCUGGGCCUGGCUCCUUGUGGGUCUUCCCAAGAGGAGAUGGAAGGCCAAACCCUCCUGCUCCUCUGGUUCAAAACCUCCCCCUCCCUGACUCUGCUGUGCUGCACUUCACACACCAGGAGCUGCCGCCGCCACUGCGGACAGAGAGGCUGGAGCCCUGUGUGCAGCUGGUGAAAGGGAGGCCCCCAGGCAGCUCAGGUGUGAACUUUGGGGGCCUGCCCAAGGCGCCUGGCCCUCUCUCUCCAGGGGCCGAACAUCAGUUGCUCUUUGUCUUCUUGCCCUGGGUGCUGGGGAGGAGGAGGGGCAGGUCACCUUGAUGCCAGCCUCCUCUCGGGGCAUUUGUGCUCAUCACCUUCCUUUUCAGCCAGCAUGAGGAGACUGAGGCUCUGAGGGCAGAUUUGGGCCUAAGAAAUGUUCUGGGGAGUAAGCGCAGCUGCAGCAGCAGGAAAGGUGUUGGGCCUGAAGUGGGCGGCCCUGAGCCUGACUGUUCUGCUGAGCAUCUUCUGGGCAGAGCAGCGAUAUAGGUUCAGCUCCCUCACAUUGGAAAGCCUUUAAUGUCACAGAGGAGAGUUCCCUGCGCUGCUCCCUGGCUACAGAGAUGGUUCUGUCAUCCGGGGUGGGGAGCAAGGCACUCAGCAUACACUCCUGCCCUCCCCAACCCCCAACAUUACAGUUCCCUGCUGAGGGGCUAAGCUCCAACUCUGCCACUGGAGGAAUGGUGUGAUUAAAGUGUUGGGGGUGAGGCUAGCUAGGGCUGGAGUGCUAGGGAGGUCUAGGGAACGAGGCUGCCCGACUGCCCCCACUUAUGGGCCUGUGUCCACCAGGGCCACUCUCCCGGUGUAAUGGCUUUCCCCCCUCUUGUCACUCUCUGUACCUCACAGCGGAAAACAAGCAGCUGACCUUGAACCUGCAGAUGGAGAACAAAGGCUGCCUUGUCUCUGGUGGGGAGCUGACCAUUUUCCUGGAUGGGCCCAGUGUUGAUGUGGGAAGCUUGCCUAACGGCAACAUCAUGACAGAGGGUGAGUGUGGCAGGGUGCGGUGGGGGAGCCGCCUGCCACUAGGGUCCUGGGCAGCCAGCGGGGCCUUUGAUGGAGGUAUGUCCUAUGAAAGACGGGAGCUGAGGCAGAUGGGUUCAAGCUGGGGGUGGGGGGGUUGGGCGGGUCUGAGCCAAACCGCCCCUGUACUCUACUCCCAGCCAUGUGUGGUCUGGUGGCAGGAAACGGGAAUCACUCUGUAGCUGUGCAGAGGCAGUGUUUACAGCAGCAUCUCAGGUCCUUGAGCCCAGCUUAGAGAAUGGGAGCAGGUUCUGAGGCUGGGGCCAGACUCUGAACUGAGCCCCACAGCAAAUGUUGCUCUUCAGACCUUUAGUGCCUGAGUUGUCCUGAGCAGAAUGGCGAGGAGCUCUUGUGUCCAGGGAAGUGAACCUCACCUGGCAGGCAUGCAAAAUGUUAAUCAGGUCCUCCCAUCCUGGGGAGGCCACCUCUCUUCCUUCCUAAGGUGCUGGUCUGUCUUUUCCUGCUUGCCCCCCCCCCCCCCGGAAGGGACCCAGGGCUCCUUCUCCUCACCCAUCCUAGCCAAGUCUUUCCUGAAAGUGAGAGGAACUGCCACAACACCACUGGCAGAUGGAGGAGGUCCACAUGGGCAAAGCUGUGUUGUGGGUGUUGCCCACCAGCCUCUGCUAUAGUUGCUGAAUCUUCAGAGGUGGGAGGAGAGCUCAGCUCUCCAGUGGCCCCUGGGAUCAUCCAGCUUCAUGAUUCUAUGAGGUUUCAAGUGUCACAAUAACCUGUAUCAUUUGCUAUGGUUUGCACCCUUCCCCUCCACCUCAGCUCCAGGUUACAGCGGCUUGUAUAUAUACAAAGGCAGGCUUAGAACAAGCAGCUGCCUCCAUCCUUGUCCAGCCAUCCCUCCCCUUUCCCCACAGCUGACUGGCUGUUGCCAGGGCUUGGCUUUUGGCCUGCCUGCCAGGGUCCUAUUCUGACCAGUUCUUUGCUUCCUUGUUCCUUCAGGGUCUCAGGCAGCUGGGAGGGAUCCCUGUGGUCUGGCCUCAUCCCCAGAGAGCAGGCACCAGGCCCCCAGCACCAACUGCUUUGGCGGCAGGUCCAGGUAAGUCUUCCCCUCUGCUCUGCCGUGGCAUUUUGGAUGGCUGCAGGUGGCCACUCUGGAGCCUCUGAUGGUCAGCACACAGGGCAGGGUAAGCCAUGAUGGAAAGAGACAAAGAAGAGGACAGGGAGAUUGGGAGGUAAGCCAGGACAGAGGCAGGAAAGAGGCUAGAAAGGCCUGGGUGGGCAGGGGGAGACUGGGAACUGCCUUUUUUGAGGAGUCAGGCUGGGCCAUGUGCAUGUGGGUGAGAGUUGGGAAGACCAGAUAAGGGCUACUGCAUCCCUCUGUGGCAAGAGGAGCAUUUGGUAGCAGGAGAAUUGCAGCUCCAGGACACGGUUGGUAGUGGGCUAUACAUUUGGUACCCUUGCUCUAGCACCACCCAUUAUCUGGUGUGUGGAAAGUGCAGGCAAUCAUUGAGGGGUACUUUGGCUUUAGAGAAGAGUCCCCUGGAGACUGAUAGUUCUCCUUCUCCUUCUAAUCAGAGCCUGCUGACCCUGGCAAAAAAUGCUUGCUCUGAGCAGCUGCCCAGAAAGCAGGGCAAGGGGCUUGCCAAGGGGGCUCUGCUUGGCCCUUCCUUCCACUCUCUGGCCGCAGCUGUGUCGUGUUUGUGUACUGUUGCUGGUCUGGUGCUGAAUUUAGCACCCCACUGGCAUACUGCUUCUCCCGAGAUGAUGGGUGGCCAGCCAGCCUACCAGCUUCCUUCACCAGGUUCCAUUCUUCCCUGCAUUGCAGCACUCAGCCCCAUAUCCAGGGAGGACUCUUCCCCAGUGUCCUUUUUCCUCUGGCUGCUUCGUUGUGCCUUCCUGGCUCUGUUUGUGCAGGGCCCCCAGAAGCCCCCGAAUCCUCCACCAAAAGAAGUUUGAUUCCCCUGAAUAAAACAUAUUGGCUUCUGCAGAUGGGAAGAGCUUUCAGGGAGUUGAACUUUUGGCCCUCACCAAGCUCCUAGAACGGCCCUUCCAAACAGACACAGGCAUCUUCUGCAGCCUUCAUGUGGUUCUGCUCAGAAGAACAUCCUCAGAAGAGCCUGGCUGGUGGAUCACCUAGUCCAGCAUUCUGGGUUCCACAGUGGCCAAUCAGCUGCCCCGCUGGGAAGCCGAAAAGCUGGAUAGGAGGGCAAGAGCACUCACAGCAUUCUUGGCUUCUCCUUGAUCCCAUAAGGUCUAGAGACUUGCUUCUUUUUAAAAAGGGCAACGGUGUAAAGAACCUUAUGCCCUGAGGGGAACAGCAAAUUCUUUCAGUCCUGGCUCUGUGCAGCUGUUGGAUCUAAUCAGGGUGCUGGACAGAUUCUGGAUGAGUUCUCUGGAGCAGUGAAAACCUCAGUCUGUCCCAUGAUUUCUCCAUUGGACACAUGAAUGGGCCAUGAGCCUUCCUAGGCCUUAUUUAGUCUCCCAUGGAAUAGGCAGCUCUUGCAAGGGAAAGUUCAAGUUGACCUUUGGAUCACAAGACGCUUUGCAGGGAUGGCUGAGUGAUGGGCCAAGAGCGUCUGGAGCAACCUUGAUUUGCAUCCUGGUCUCUCCAGGCAACUAGCUGCGUGACCCACUCUAAGGGUUAAGCCUCUACUUCCAGGGGAAAUAAGAUUAUUUAUUUAUUUAUCAUCAUUACUACUACUGACAUUGCUGGUCAAAGGCAGGCAACAAGGAGUUUAGUUUUUGUCCCUGGCCUGUUUCUUCAUUGUUCUGCAAAAUUGGGCCCUUGCAGGAAAACUUUGAUGCUGGGAUGCCAAAUUCCCUACUGAGCCGCACUUCCCUCCCUGGAUGGCUGCUUUGGGGUGAAACUGGUGUGGGUGGGAUUAGAGUGGGAUUUGCUUCCAUAAGCAGCUGAGGAACAUCUCAGGGCAAUUCGCAAACAGGCUACAACAAAGGUGCCUGCUCUCUCAUUUUCGUGCUGUCUCUGAUCAGAGAGGUUCCAAGGUGACGUGUUUGGGGUGAGUGUGUGUCGUCCCCCCCGCCCCCGCCCCAGAUCUGUGUGUCUUGGGAAACAGUUUCUAAAGAAAGGAGAAAAGGGGAUGGGAGGGGGAACCUUGGGCUCCGUUUUCAGAAACAAACACUUGUGGCUGGUGGUCCUCCCUCCUGUUCUACCACCACCACCACCACCUUUUGCACAGAUCAGAGGAAUUUCUCAGCCUUGUGUUGACUGCCUAGCACUUCCCUGGCUGAGGAGGGCUGGCAACACCACCCUGUGACCAGGAUCGAUCACUCGUGCCUGUUUGCAAAGUGCUUCCCUGCAUUUGCACAGCAGAGAUUGGCCCUCUCACUGCUGGGUCCCCUCAUGGGCUGCCCCUCCUCCACUGUCUUUUUCCUGCUUCUCCUUGGGCGGGGGGAUGGGGGACCUUCUCCUUGCUCUCUGCUGUCCUUGGUGUCGCCUUCCCCAUUGUGCCCCCUUCCCCUUGCUACUUCCCUGAGUCCUUCUCCCAGUGGGGUUGCUCAUUCCUACCAAGGUCAGCUUGGUGCUGGUUUCCUUUCCCCCUCAUGCCUUUUGCUCCUACCCCCCCCCAAACUGCACUUGGAGAGAAACCGGCAGGAGGGAGAUGCUUAGACAGUGUCUUGAUCAGCCAGCAUAUCCUGGGGAUCCUGUGGUUCUGGUUGGGCACUGUGGGAACAGGAUUAGAUGGGCCCUGUUUGACUUGUUUGACCUGACCCAGCUGCUGCAGGGCCUUAUUUUGAUCUCGCCUCCUUGACUUUGAAACAGCCUGACUCUCUGGACCCCAGGCCAGAAUCUCUGGAGCUUUCUCUGCAUGCGUGUUGGAAGUGGGGAUUAGGGCCUAUUACAGGUCGUGCCUCCCCUCUCUACCCAGGAUCAGCCCUGCUCCCUGCCCCCCCAUUUACUCUACUUAUGGGGAAACUGCCCCAUCGCCUGCUGUCCCCAGCCUGUUCCUCCCACUGGUGCUGCCUGCCCCCUUUUCCAGGCUCCUAUUUUAAGCAGCUGCUGUUCCCCGUGAGCUCUGCCAUGUGACCUCCUCUGGUUUAUUUCCACACGUCUAUUAAAAGACGAUGCCAAGUUAGGAGCCCCGUAGGAAGACAGCCUUGGCAGGACGGCUAAUUUGGGCCUACACGACCUGCGCAACACAGCGGAAAUGGGCAAUUUGGGUUUCUAAAAAACACCCCUGGAGGUCCAGAGGUUGUUUAUCCCCAGAGGGUGGGGUGGGUGAGCCAUUCCUAGUGAUGUCUGCGCAAGUCCUGUGCCAAAAACCUUACCAUCUCGCUUUGCGUGCACUAAUAUGAAACUGUCCAGGAUUUUGUCCUGGUUUUGCGUUGUUCUUCUAACCCUUAAUGUAUUUCUUUAAAAAGAUAAAAAAAAUCAGACAAGCACAUGGAAGCUUAACGCAGGUCCAAUAAACUUGCUCUCCACAUUUUGAACAUUGUAUAAGAGCACUAUGAAAACAGACACAUGGAGAGUUUCCAGCUGAGGUGGAGGUAGUAUUAUAGCAGCUAGAGGGUGUCAGGCUAGGACUGGAGAGGCCCAGGCUCAGAUUCCCACCCAGCCGUGGAGCCCCCAGAACGACCCACCUCCGCUGAAUACUAAUUGCUGGGAAUCGCAGGUGGGCUGAGUGUGGCUGUUGUACUUGGAUCCAGCUUGCAGUCUUCCCAUAAGAGGCAUCUGGUUGGCCGCUGUUAGAACAGGAUGCUGUACUAGACGGGUCAUGGACCUCAUCCAGCAGGGUUCUACUUACAUUCUUAGAAAUGUAAGCAUUCUUACAUUCUUACAAACUUGGGCCAGUCAUUCUCUUUCUCAGCCUCACCUACCUCACAGGUUUGUUGUGAGGAUAACAUAGUAUGACUUCCACACAUUCCUGCUGUGUGCAGAGAUGCGGAAUGUCUCAAACCAGCGCAAACUCCUCUUGUCUUCUGUUUUCCUCCUGGCAUGUUUCUAGUCCUUAUGUCUGUUGACAGAAACCUGAUGAAACCGCAAAAACCUGGGGGGGGGUGUCAGGUCCCUGUAAUGUUUGCUUACCCUCUUCCCUCCAUUCCACUUGCAGUUGUGACUAUUAUGUAACCGUAAUUGCCAUGAUCUUGCAACUACAUGUCCAUGGACUCAGUUUGCAUGACUGAUCUGUGCUAUUUUGGUGCAGGAUGAGGUAUGCAAUGUCAUGGAGAACAGGCCCAGCCAUCAGCCUUCCACCCUCCUGCCUACAAGGAAUAUAAUGAUCUGUGGAAACUCAGGAGACACUCCCCUCACCUCUUGACUAUUUCUUUUGCAGGGCACACAGACAUGUGGCUGGAGUGGCCAGGCAGAGCACGGCUAACGGGGAGCAAAGCCCCAGUCCCAGAGCCCAGCAGCAGCCAGCAGGCAAGACCCAGGGUGGCACAGUGAAUGGCACAGGUGAGAGUGGAGAGAGAGGAGAAGGAGGAGGUGAUGGUCUCUCCUCUGAAGCUGUAAGGCCAGCCCUGUGUGCCACCUCACUUGUGGAGGACCUGCAUUGCUCUCCCACCUCCAUUAAUGUAACUUUGAGGUGCUACCUGUAGAUGAAAGAUUAGCUCCCCCAUGUCACUUCCCCAGUUUUACUUGACCGUCUAUGCUCUACAGACAGAGGUUGCCAUUGGGGAAACUCUGGGCCCUUUUCAGGGUGGUGGCGACGGACCAGCAAUGAGACUUUGGGGUCCUAGUGGAGAGCUUGAUGAAGAUGUUGGCCCAGUGCGUGGUAGCUGGAAUUGAUACUAAAACGGCCCAUGCUGUUAUCAAAAUCUAUGAUGCAACCACAUUUGGAAUGCUGUGUAUACUUCUGGACACUUCACCUCCAAAAGGAUAUUGUAGAUCUGGAGACCGUUGGGAAAGGGGCAGCCAGAAUGAUCAAGGGGAUAGAGGAACUCCUCUGUGAGGAAAGGUUGCAGCAUUUGGGGCUGCUUAGUUUAGAGACAAAAUGAGUAGAAGGUGAUGCAAAAGGAGUUUAUAAAACUGCACAUGGCAUGGAGACAUUGGAUAGAGAAAGGUUUUUCUCCCUCUCAACACAAGAACAUGAGGCUACCUAAUGAAGCUGGAUGGUGGAAUAUUCAGAACAGACAGAAAGAAGGACUUCUUCACACAGCAGGCAGUUAAGCUAUGGAAUUUGCUUCCCCAGUAGGCAGUGGUAGCCACCAACUUGGAUGGCUUCAAAAGAGGAUUAGACCAAUUCAGGGCAGGGUUACAGUUGGCUACUAGCCUAAAUGGCUGUGUUCUGCCUUCACUGUCAGAGGCAGCUGGAAACUGCAGGAGGGCAGAGUGCUCUUUUGCUGAGGUCCUGCUUGCAGGCUUCCCACAGGCAUUUGGUUGGCCACUGGGAGAACAGGAUGCUGGACUAGAUGGACCCUUGGCCUAAUGGCUCCUGCUAUGUUCUUAGGAGGCAUCAGCAUCCCCUCAACUCUGCCAUAAUUGCUCCCCUCUCUUUCAGUGAAUGGUGAACCUGCCAGUUCCACCCUUGAUGUCCCUGAAGAUGAACAGGCUGUGCCACCUGAGGCUGUGUCAGGUGCGACCUCCAGCUCUGGCACAGCUCAUGACUCUCCAAGGGCAGGGGAAUCUGCCCCCAGCUCAGAGGCCCAGCCUUCUCAGCCAGCAUCCCAGACUCUGGAGGUGCUGCCCUCUGGGUAAGUGGUGUCCUGCUCUCUGUUUGGGCACCUUGGCCAUGGCAUGAAUGCCCACAGCCUUGGCCAACUAGGGGGAGGUUGGGAUGGGUCACCAGGGAGUCGAAACCUUUAAAAAGUAUGGUUCUGAAUUAGAGGCUGUUUGCUGGGAGUAGAGUUUAUCCUUGCGGGAACUCCUGCUCUCUUGUCUCUUCCAAAGUUCUCUCUUUCUAAGCAGGAUUGGGCCCCAGGCCUACCUCACAAGACAGUUUCAGUGAUUACUGUGAUCAUGUCUGUGAAUCCCCUUCUGCAUUUAAGAAAUAUGAAUGCUAAGUAUUAUCAUCCUUAGAGGAAUGUUACAGUGUUUUUGCAAGACCUGGAGUUUUAGGGAGGAAGGGGACUGGCUGAGACUGAGGUCCGGCUCUGAGGAUGCCUGAUCUGGGACCAGAGUCUGGAUUACUAGGGUUAUGAUUCAGUUGUGAACUCGACAGUUGUGACUCCUCAGCUGCACCUGUUCCCCUUCCUUCCAUCCUUCCUGGUCCUGCAAUGUGGCUAUUUCUGUUGAGCCUUCCAAUGCCCAAACACCACCUCCUGACUCCUGCAUUUCCGAUGAAGGGAGCCAUCUGUUUUCCUUCUGGCCUCUCGGUUCAGAGUCUCAUGUGUGUGUUUGCAUCACUUGCAGGUAAUUGGGGGGCCAGCAGCUCAGAGCGUCUUUAUGCCGGGUGUGUGAGCGCUACUGUUUUCAGGCCUCAGCCACUUCCUGUUUGCAGACAGCUGGAAAAGUCCAGGGCGUCUCAAAAGGCUCUUUCUUCCUGCUGGUGCUCUCCCCCCUUCCUGCUCACGUACUGCGGUGUGCCUGGGGUCCAGGAGGCAAGGGGGGCACCUGACGCCUUUAUGCAGAGAUGCUCCUGAAAUGGAGGGCGCAUCCCACAGCCUACAGCUGAGACACCUUUCCUUUAAGGAUCCUGGUGCUGACGGUCCCCUGCUAUAUAGCGAGAAGCUUGUGUGGGUGUUGGGUGGGGACUGCGCUGUGUACAAGCCAAGUUUCCCCUGCUUCUGUGGCUGUGGGAUCUCAGGGCCUCUGGCGGGGCAAGUCCACAGGCACUUCCAAGCCCUGGUGUGAAUGUGUGCGCAUGCAGGCCGCUUCCAGCUCCUCCUCUUGGCAGCCCGGCAGUGUUUUGCUUGGCUGCGUCGGGCGCCUGCUUCAGGCCACUCCAUUUGCAUGGGCAUAAACAGGCUUGCCGGGAGGUAGCCCAUCAGAGGGGCGGGGGUGCUGUAGGCUGCCUUUAUGCUGCUCUCCCUUAACAUCUGCACUCAACGUGGCAAGCACAAAAGCCUCUCACAUACAUACAGCUGGAGCGGGGAGUGCAGGAGGCUGUGGAAAGCCAUGGGACUAAACUGUUCCAUAUGCGGGGUGGGGGUGGGGUGUUCAUGUUCCUGGGAGACCCACGACAUGGCCCUCAGUGAGGAGGACCAGAAGGGGUGCUGCUGUGCAAAGCUGGGAUCCUUGUGGGGAAGGGGCGUCCUGCUGUCACACACAGGCUCUCUGGCUCACUCCCUCUCCCUCUGGGCUGACGGCAGAACAGACACCUCCUCUCCCCCCACCCCUCCCCGACCUGCAUCUGGUUCCUAUCAGCGUUGCUCCUGCGUCGGGGACAGCGGCUCUCAUUAACACGGCGGUGUGUACACUAGUUCGCGCCUCGUCUCGUGCAUACAAAGAGGUGCAUUAUGCUCCCUUGCAGCAGGCGCGGGCUGUGGUUCUUUACGUAAGGCAGGGCGUCUUGCUUGGACGGCAAGGUGACCUCAGUACUGCUAUUUUGCUACUAGCAAGCCUCGUCUCCAUUCAGAGCAGAGGUAGCCCGGGAGGAUGGCAAGCUGAUUGCCUAGGCAGCCACCUUCCUGAGCCACGUCUUGGCUUUAUGGCAUUCUGGAGUGGAAGGCAUUCCUUCUUGCAGAUUGGUGGCCAUCUAUGAUCCUCUGCAGAGCCUCCUGGAGUUUGGCUGGGGAUAUUUAAGAGGUGCAUUUUGCAUCUUCACAGUAACAUCAUCUCAUAUAUCCUGUUUUGUUUUUUAAAAAAUAAAGUUUCUAGCCCUUAUGAGUUGUUGUUGUUGUUGUUUAAAUGGCAGACUGUUCUUGGUAAAAGCGUUGCCCAAUCAGGGAUUGCUCCUUAAUCUUGCUGUGAUUGGCCAAAGCAAAACAAAGAUGGGCUGUUAUGUGUGCCUGCUGAUGCCUUUUGGAAGCUGUAGGUCCUGCAGAAGUUAUUGGGGCCCCCAAACCUUGACACGCACCCUUGGAUCUGGCUGGAGUAUUGCUAUACAGUUGGAGCCAGUGGGUGCAGAGGAGGGGGUCCUGUGCCUUUGCUCAUAGGGCAGCUUGAGUAAGCCACUGUGCCUACUUUACGGGGCUGUUGGAGUCAUAGGCAAAGUGAGAGUCACAAAAUUCUUCAUGCUCUGAAAAAUGCUAGAAAUAAGUAAUAGCAACACGGGUUGCCUUGGCUCACAAAAUGGGCCCUCCAUCCCCUUCUCACUCUGUGUCUCCUCUCUUUCUUUCUGUCCUUCAGGUGGGAGCAACGAGAGCUGCCAAAUGGGAGAGUGUAUUACGUGGACCACAACACAAAGACCACCACCUGGGAGCGCCCUCUUCCGCCAGGGUAGGUGCUCCGACAUGAGCGUGCUUUGCAGGAUCUGGUCUGGAGAUACUCAAAGGAGGGUGGCUGGGUGUGCUGUGAGAAGCAGAUGCUCUUCACAAGAUCCUAACAUAUGUGAUAACAUAUAUAUACACAUACACAUGCUUUAUACCGUAUAUCUCCAAGGCCAUAAUUCUGCAGCAGGCUCAGUGUUCAGCUGCCCAGGGCUCGCAAAGACAGCUGGUACAAGAACAACCUGCUUGAUUGUUUUCAUUACAAAAGUGCACAUUUUGCUCUUUGGUCCAAAGGCUUUUAGAGCUACUCGCUCUUUAAAAAAUGCAAAUAACAGCAUUAAUUAGUUAAAAUAGCUGUAGUAGAAUAGUCGCGAAAAGCACACCUACAAAACACCAGCUUUGAAAUACAUUUAAAUCAGCUUAAAGGUCCACUUGGCACUGGAAAGAGAGCAGAGUGUCUAGCAGGCAAGCCUCCUUGGGGAGAGCAUUCCACUACUUGGACGGCCCUUUCCUUCCUCACCUACCAACUUUGCUUCAGAAGAUGGGGGAGCUUGGAAAAGCAUCUGCCCUGGGCACAGGGCCCUAAGCUGUUUAGGGCUUUGAAGGUAAGAACUAACACCUUGAGCUGUGCCCAGUGCAGAUGCUUUUAAGACUGGCCAGGUGUCUUCCAUAUACCUGGUCCCAGUUGCCAUGUUCUUUACUAGUCAAAGUUUCUGAGUCUUCAAGGGCACAUGGCCAAACAGUGUGGUACCUGAGCUCAGCUCACUCUCUUUCCAAGAGGGGCAUCAAGCUGGCGCUCUAGCCAUCACUGGUGAAAGGGGCUUCAAGCUGUGAAAAUUGCUUGGGGUUCUAAGGACAGGACUGGAUUUAACAGGACAUGCCCCCCUCCCCCAUAUCCUUCAAGCCUAAUCCUGUAAGGGGAGUGCAGCUCUGGCCAGAGAAGGCCAAACUCCACCUCCCAAAUCUGUUACCCUAAAGGGGUGUGUGGGUUGAAAAGGGUUAAUUGCUUGGAUAAUGGCAGAAUUAUGGAAGAACAUCUGGGGUGCCUGAAGAAGGGAAAAUUCUUCAUCCAACCCCAAAAGCCACCUCUGGCCCAGAAACGGUCCUUGGCAAAAGAAGUUCCCAUGAUGGUAGAGGAGGAUUCAUCUGCCACGUAUGUGUUUGUGUGUGCGAGAGAGAGACAAACAAAAAGAUUAGGCUCUUCUUUCGCCCCUGCAGCUGGGAGAAACGAGUGGAUCCCCGUGGCAGGUACUACUAUGUGGACCACAACACUCGCACGACCACGUGGCAGCGACCCACCGCCGAGUACGUGCGCAACUAUGAGCAGUGGCAGAGCCAGCGCAACCAGCUUCAAGGAGCCAUGCAGCAAUUCAGCCAAAGGUUUCUCUACCAGGUGAGGGUAUUCCCAGCCCCAGCCAGCCAAACUGCACAGAGUGGCUCUGCCGCCUUCCCACAGCCACCAGUCCCUUUGCUAGGCUGCGAGAGCAGUGCUCUAGGCUGCAGAGAAAUAGCCCAGGAGAACUGGGUACCAGGAGGGCCUGCAUCAAAGAUGCCUACUAAUACCUGCUGGUAUCUACAGCAGAAGAGACCCAGAGGGAGAGCUGCAAGGGGACAUGGUUAGCUUACAGACAGGCCCCUUCCAUAGCCCCUUCUUUUUGCGGCUUUGGUAGCCGUUGCCUGUUGGCUGCCUUGGUCCUGCCCCUGCUGCAGUCUAGUGUUGCUCUGGAGCCUUCCCUUGAGGGCUCUGAGAGCCUGAUUCCGUUACUAAUAUCGUUUGUUUCAUUGUCACUAUCCAUAGGCAGCCCUGUAACAGAGAUCCCAGGGCCGCUUACAGCAAGUAAUAAAAGACAAUGAAACAGUAUAUAUUGAGAAAGGAGCAGCCAAGAGUAAAACAACAUGAAACUGAAAGAGAAGGCCCCGAGGUUCCCCUCCUGGCUGCUACUCACAGGGCCCCCUGCCCCUUAGUGAGGCCAGAAGCAGGCAUAGCUCUUGAGCUCAUGGGGCCCUGCACAAUCCCUCUGCCCAAUGGCCUUGUAAGAACACCACUAUUCUGUGUCUAAUGUACCCUUAAGGAGGCCUUGUGAAUGUGGUGCCUGUGGCUUGGAGUGUGGAAAGUGGCCGGUUUUCAUUUAGGCAUGAGCAACUAGAAAUGUCUGGUUGAAAUUCAGGGGAUUGGGGUAAGGAGAGACUGUGUUUCCCUAGUCCUGUGAACAGAUCUGGUGUGAAGCUCCCUUUUUUUGAUUGCCAGUACUGCUGGCUGUCCUGAAGGAAGAUGCCAGUCAGGCUCCCCUCCUGCCACUCUUGCAUUAGAUGGUGAUGGGCAGGACUCUCCAAGAAUAUAUGAUGCAGACCCCAGUCUGGGUGCACUGCAGGGUCAGGACUUGUUGUGAGAGCCUGCUGGCCUUCCUUGGGUUGGGAUCCUGCUCCCCACUCCACAACACAGGAGCACAAGACCCUGGCAGCACCGUGGUGGUCAAAAUAGAGGCCUGCAUCUUGUUGUUAUUCCCUUCCGUUGGGCCGAUGGCUUAUUCUCUGCCUCUACAGCCACCCCACAGCUGACCACACAUUACAGUGUGGAGAAAACCAUUCUUUGCCACACCAGAGCAGCUCCCUCCUCCACGUGGAAAGGUGUUCAGAGGGCACCAUUGUUCGCCUUGUAGUGACUUUGCUGGCCAAUAAUGGAGUUGCUGUUCCCAGGAAGGCGACCCCAGCUUUUUGAGGGGUGUGACAGAAAUGGGACUCUGAGCGAAAAGUCUUUUGACAUGAGCCUCCAGGUCCCAGGAGUUCUGUCAGGCCUGGCUUUCUCCAGAGACGCGUGAGGGAGGGGGCCUAAUCUAAACAGCGCGCUGCUGAGGAACUGUCUCCCCCUCCCCAGCUUGCCCAGCAGGCUUGAAAUGGGUCCCCCGGCCCAGCCUGCCUGGAGUUGGAUAAAGGUGCUUUGUAUGGGGCCUGGACCUGUGGGGGGCUGUGGGGGAAACGCCUGUCUGUGCGGCAUGAAUGUUCCCUCAGUCCGUGAGCAUCUCGCGCCCGGCUGUUGGGUUUCACGGUCCUCUGUGAGGGAGGCAGGGCAGGGAGGGAGGGGAGGGAGGAGGAGGAGGAGGCAAGCAGCCCGCAGGCCCAGCCAGGAAGCUCUGGGCGUGGACAGGGCUUGUGGGAAUGAUUUCAUUGGAAAGGCCUGCAAUAUCCCCCCCCCCCCCCCGGUUGUGUGUGGUUCUUGGAGGAGGUUGGAGGUGGGACUGUGGUGGGGCUCUCAGUCGCCUCAGCCAGCACAGGGGCAGCAGCAGCUGCUUUCUUGCUUCCCUCCCUUGCCUGCCUGCCACCUGGGCUUUUGCAGCUCCUUCGCUCCUGUCCUCUGCCCCAAGCCGCACACAUUCAGGCAUUUGCUGUUCCCACAGUUGGUUGGGACGUGUGUGCUGUUGUUUUUUUAGCCAACCUUGGCGGGCGGUGGGAAGAGAAGGCAGGGUGGAGGGCAAAACGGCUGGACCCCAUCCUGCCUUCCAGCACUCUCUCUGGUAACUCCCGUGGUGUUUGUUUUGCCCCCUCCAGUCGUCGGGUGCCCCGUCUGACAAUGACCCGCUGGGCCCCCUUCCUCCUGGCUGGGGUAAGUACUGCCUGGCUUCUUGGGCUUGGGGCUGACCUUCCUGCUGCUUGUACUGCAUCUGCCUUUGGUGUAGGUGGGGUGGGUGGACUUCUCUUCCUUAAUGCUGAGGGCAGGGAGGCACAAAGAGUUUGUGUUACUCGGCCAGCAAGACCUGCCUGGGCUCUGAGUUCAAAUCCCGUAUCAUGGCAAAACUAUCUCCCAAGUCCAGCGAUGCUUCUGCUGCUGCUGGUGCAUUUCCAACCCUGGCUUCAUUUGUUUCUCUUUCUCUUGUUUGGAGGGAGGGUGGGAGCUGCUCUGCUCCCUAUGUGGUUGGGCCGCUUCUGCUGGGCUCCCCUUGGAGCCUGCCUUGUCCCUGCUGCAUCUGGGGGAGAAGGGGAGGUGAUGCUAGGCAGCACAGGGGAUGGAGAGAGCUUUGGGAAGCAGGUAGAAGUGGUUCUUGGGAUGUAGAGCCACUGUGGAGCUUGGGAUGUGCCAAAGGAGUCAGGGGUCACUGAUCUGAUCCUAACACCCGGGGAAGGAGGGAAGUGUGUGUGCAUGGGGAGAGGAUGCUGCCUCCUGUUGGACCCUGGGACAAUUAGAACGAAACCAAGGGAUGUCAGCAGUCAUUCUUUCCCUCCCCCUGCCCCCUACCUUUGCGAGGGAAUUCAGAAGAAGCCCAGAGGGGCUGCAGGGGCCAGAUGGGAUCUGUGUUGCUGACACUGGACUGUGUGUGUGUUGUGCUCUUGUAAAAGGCCUAGCAGAAAUGUUGUGGGAGGCCACUGGACUGUCCAGUGGGUUGGGGGAGUGGGGUCUGGAAGUCCAAACAUCAGGAAUUGAGAGCUCCUUUUUGAAACUUAGUGUGUGUUUGGUCAAUUCUCCACCCCACCCAAUUUGGGACUCAGGACCUUGGCAAGAGCAGCCCCAGGAGAGGCAGGGACUGCCUGCAGGGAUUCAGGAGCUGAGAAACAGGACUGGAUGGACUUGAGGAGAGAUGCUCUUGGAUGCCAGGAGAGGGGCAGCUUUCACCAGGGGGACCCUUUGCAAACAGUCUCGAGAGAAUUGCAGCUUGGGUCAGCGAUGCCACUGUGGGCUGCUGGGAUCUUUGCCUGAGCAUCAACAGCAACUUCACUUUGCUGGAGACGGAGGAGAGGUUGUCAGCUGCUGCUACUACUACAGCGGGCUGAGCAUCCAGCCUCAUUGAAACUGGGUCUCGGUGUCUGAGAGAGAGACAGAUGUCAAGGUUUGGCUCUUGGCAGUCUUGCAAGCGCCCUUGUGGUGGUGGGGGGAGGUUGAAGAGGAUGGACAGACGCAACUGUCAGAAUUCCCUAUAGCCAGACACCUGCUGGCCAUCUGCCGGAUCAUCAUGAGGACCUUGAUGGUUUUAUGUGACCUUUUGCCCCUCCCUCAGCACUCAUCCUGGGCAGGGAAAGACAGAGAGGGAUGGCCCUGGGGUUAAGCAGGGAAGGGGCAGUGGUGAUGCACCUUCUUGCUGUUUGGAUCCUCAAGAGCACAGGCUACCACGGCUGUGGGUUCUUCUUGCUCUCUCAGGGUGGUGAUGGGGGUGGGAGCAGACUCUCUCCCUAGGAGUCAACAAAUCUGCUUUGCCCUUGGCUGAUCCUGCACACACAGGCCAGGCUCCCUACCCAAGUCGCUGAGUCUCCAGGACAGCCCUGCUGGGGCUGAGAGGUCAGAGGAAGGGCCAGCUGUUUGGGGGCAGUUCAGGAGUGGGGGUGCACUGAGCCCCUCCCCACCUUUUGCAGGCCUGGCAUUAGGUUGCUUGCUGUGGUAGAACCAUCAAGGGCUUCAGAUCUGAAACGGGGGGAAUGAGCAAGCGUUGUAGUGGGGUAGAGGUGAGCUUGAGUGAGCAGGGAAGGGGGAGAGAGAGGCUGUCCUGCUUGUGAGCUUGCAGAGGAAGGAGGUUAUCACAGACUCUCAUUCAUGGGACCACCUCCCUCUCUGGGAAAUGGGCACCUAAGGCUAGGCCUCUGAGGCUGGGAGAUGAGCUGUGCCUGAGCCAAGGGGGUGCUGACUGGCAUGCAACUUGUGUUCCCCUAGAGGAGGAGGAGAAGUGGUCCCCAACCUGAGACCUUCCAGAUGUUUGAAACUCCAGCUCCCAUUAGCCCUAGCCAGCGGAGUAGAGGGUACCUCCAGCUGGAGGGGUGCCAGGUGGGGGAAAGAUGGAUGAGGGGCAAGGCUGAAUUCCUUGUGGGAAGAGGCUGGCGUGUCUUGGGCCUCUUCCAUGCAAGACUUGGAGGCACUAUUCUCUGCUGUGGCAGGGAGCAUGUUGGAAGACCCUGGCAUGUCAGGCUCGUCCCAUCAGAGCCUGGCUGCUGUGUGUCUGCUGGUUCUGGAUUCCCCAUUAGAUUUCCCUGCUGAGCCCCAAUCCAGCCUGGCCAGAGAGAGGGAAACUAACAUUACCUCUCCAUUCUUUCCCUCUCCUUCCAGAAAAAAGACAGGACAACAGGCGAAUCUACUACGUGAACCACAACACCCGCACCACACAAUGGGAGGACCCCCGCACCCAGGGGUAGGCUUGGCUUCCUUUUUCUGGCUUGCACUCCGGGACUCCUAUCUAGUAGCCUUGGGGCAACUGUGAGGUCUCUUCAGCCUGCAGAGGGGCAUAGGAAGCCUGCAAGGGGUCUCAAGCUGUCCACCAGGCCCCACAGAUGGACCUGAGUUGCAUCAUUCCCAGCGGCUGUAGGAAUGUUCCUCCUGGGACAGGCAGGGGAGGCUCCUUCUCAGGCCCUUGGGCAUGUGCCCUGAGUUCCAAGCCUGGUGAGCAGGCAGAAUGACUGUGCCCAGCAAGACUGUCUCUGCCUGCUCCUGGUUCCUGCCCAAGGCUGAACUGCAGCUAGCAUACUGGGCAUGGGUGAAGCAUUUUGUGAGCUUGGUUGAGGCCGCCAGGAGCAGAAACUGCCGCUGCCUCCAGCUGCAGUGGGUGGGUCUGGGCAGGGGAAAGAGAUCAGGCCAAGGUGUGUGUUGCCAUUGAACUUCUUACUCUGCUCAGGAUGAUCCAGGAGCCAGCGCUGCCACCUGGCUGGGAGAUGAAGUAUACAAACGAGCGGGUGCGUUACUUUGUGGACCACAACACCCGCACUACCACCUUCAAAGACCCCCGUCCCGGGUUUGAGUCAGGGUAAGUCCCUCCGGUGUGGUGCUCUGCCCUCUCAGCACUGCCCAGCAUAGCCUCCAGGUGCCUGUGGGUUUCUUCCCAGAUGGAGGAUUCCUUGCAAGGGGGGUUUUUUGGCCAUCUGACCCUUGUUUGCCAGCCAGGCUUUGAGGGGUCGUGCAGUGCAUUGUGGGAGCUUUUAGGACCUUCCAGAUACAGUGCUGACGAUUGUGGGAUAUCCACUCUGUGUUCUUGGAAGGUAUCUAAUGAAUCUGGAAUGUUCACACAAACUUAAACUGUGGGAGAGAAGGAAAUCAGUCAGUCUCAAGAGCCAAUAAAUGUGAAUGUGGCCAGGGCCCCACUAAGGCCGUGUUUACUGUUGCAGGAGUAAGCAAGGUGGGUCACCUGGAGCAUACGACCGAAGCUUUCGCUGGAAGUUCCACCAGUUCCGCUUCCUUUGCCAUGUGAGUUGCUCAUUCACCAUGUUCCCAGCAGGGCAGGAGGAGAAGCUGCGAGAUUCCCAGAAAAUCUGUGGCUCCCAGUGGCGGGCGGUGGGUGGGGACGAGGAUGCCCAAACCUAGACAGGAUGCAGGGACUGAAUAUGGGUCGUUGGGCCUCUCACAACCUAUAUCUCCUUCACAGUCCAACGCGCUGCCCAGCCAUGUCAAGAUCAGUGUCUCUCGGCAAACACUCUUCGAAGAUUCCUUCCAGCAGGUGACGUGAGGCCUGGGUCAGGGGGAGGGGAGGGGAGGAUGGUCACCCCUUGGGCAGAGCACCCUUGUCCUCUCCCCACUGCACCUGCCAACCUCACUUCUCUCUGCUCAGAUCAUGAACAUGAAGCCUUAUGAUCUGCGGCGUCGACUGUACAUCAUCAUGCGUGGGGAGGAGGGUUUGGACUACGGCGGAAUUGCCCGGUGAGUCGGCACAGCACAGUGGGGUAGGGGUGGGAGAUUCAAAUUUCCACCCUCCCUGGUCCUUUGGGAUUUAUCCCACCCUGGGAAAACUGCUGAAGCAGCAGCAUGGAGGUGACUCAGACAUCGGGGUGGGAUCGACAGGGCCUGGCCUUCUGCAGAGAGCAUGAGAGGGUCCCCUGGUUGGCUGGCUGUGCAGCCUGGGACUUGAGAGGCCUCCUGGUGGCCUCCUCUGCAGAGCUUCGAGUCCAGCGUGUCCCAGACGGGCUGCCACUUCGGCUCCAGACAGCAGCCACUCCCGCCCUGCAGGAGCUUCUGACGCAUCUCCCUGUGUCCUGCCAGUGGUUUUACCCUAUGGUAGGUUACGUCAUGCUGUUCUACCACAGGGUAGAACCACGGACAGGAUGCGGGGGCUCUCUGCACCAAAGGAGGGAGAUAGCCAAGAGAGAGCAGUGAUUGUGGCUGCCGAAGGAGCGUGUGUGCGCAGGCCCCCGCCCACCCUUGCGCAGGACGGGUGACAAUGGUUGGGCCUGAAUGGCUAGGCUGGGCUGGCUCUCAUCAGCCAUCCUUCUCUCCCCCCCCCCAACAGCGAAUGGUUCUUCCUUCUGUCCCACGAGGUGCUCAACCCCAUGUACUGCUUGUUUGAAUACGCUGGCAAGAACAACUAUUGCCUGCAGAUCAACCCUGCUUCGUCCAUCAACCCCGACCACCUCACCUACUUCCGCUUCAUUGGCAGGUUCAUUGCCAUGGUGAGCAUCUCCUAUACUAGCACCUGGGGGGGUGAGGGUGGGGGCUCUGCCUCUGAGGGCUUUUGUGCAGGGGCUGGGUGGGGCUUCUGCUGCCUCUCACUACCUCGGGAGUUCUGCCCUUCACCUUGACUGCUUUCCGUAGCUUCGCCACUUGCGUUUCGUGGGUGCUUGCUCACAGUGUAGGCAACUUUUUCUCUAAACUCAGGUUGCCAACCUAGAAGUGCAGGUCAUUGCACAGCAAGGGCCAUAGCUCAGUGGCACUGUGUCUGCUUUGUAUGCAGGAGGCCCCAGGUUCAAUCCUUGGCAUCUCCAGGUGGGCUGGGAAAGACUCCUGCCUGAAAACCUGGAGAGCUGCUGCCAGUCAGUGGAGACAGUACUUUGUUUAGGUGGGCAAGUGGUUUGUCUUGGAAUAAAGCAGCUUCCUGUGUUCCUAUGAAGCUGCUUUAGGUCAAAUCAGGCCACGGUUUGAUCUAUCCUAGUAUUGCCCAGCCCAGCAGGUGCCCUCCAGAUGUUUCAAACGGCAGAUCCCACCACCCCUAACCAUUGGCUGUGGCUGAUGAAGGGCACCAGGUCAGGGAAAGCUGCUGUUUUUCUUCAGGAGGCUAACACAGCUACUACCUCUCUGGGAUUUGAUACUGAGCUAUAGUACUUGUGGCAUUCAGGAGAGGCUACUGCGAAAUCUUCAGGAGCGAUGCAUCAAGUCUUUGAGGUGAAAGGGAGGCACCCCCAUCCUCUCCCAGUAGCACCCAUUGCCAUUAGCGGCUGCUUUGCAAUGUUCAUCCUGUCCAAUUCCACCCACCUCACCUGGCCAGCCAGUGCUCUGGCAGCAUUUUGCUUCUGGCUGUGCUUCUGUUUCUCCACUGUAUUCUGGCCAUUCGUGGAUCACGUGGGGAAGGACAUGAUGGUGUCAUGGCACUAAGUGGCUGAAAGCAGCUUAGAACUCUCUGGUUAAAUUGGGGUGGGGGGGGAUGUCUGUCGCCAAGGUAACCCUGUUGUGCGUUGGCCUGGCUCCUUUGGCAACAGGGACACAUUUCUGCCCCUCCAACAGUUUUGCUGGGAAAAGGUGUACACAGGAAAGAGAAAUCAUUUUUUCCCCUGGAAUAAAAAAAGAAAGGGAGUUUUGCAGAGUGGGAAUCAAAAUAUUUGCGUUCUUCAAAACUAAAUUUAAUUCUGUGGCCAAAGACGGCUUUGUAUCCAUUGAGUUCCGAAAUGGCACGUCUGUUCUGACUUUGUUGAGCAGAAAGGAAGCAGCCAGGAAAAAUGGAUCAGGUCAGGUGGCCUCUUUGUGACAAGAGUGUGUCAUGGAACACUUUCUUCCCUUGUUUUUUCCAGAGUUCUGUAUUUUUGUUUCUUAGCAGAGAAAGGAGUGUAACUUUCCCCCACUCCCUUGAUCCUCCAGGCAAAAGGGGAGGAGAACUUGGGCCUUUGGCCUGGCCUGAGAAUUCUACAGGAGGAAAAGGCAGCUGCCCACACCCAAAGAAGGGGGCUGCUUGGGAAUUACCAAGAGGGCAGGCGCUGCCCCUAGACCGAGUCUCGGGGCCUGAUCCCUGGGUGGGCUUGCCCUCCUUUGGCCUUUGAAAGAGCAGGAAGAACUUUUCCCAAUGGUUUCCCCUCCUGGCUCCCCCUUCCCCUCCAAACCCUAGACUAUUACUCACCACCAGGCUGGUCUUUUCCAGACGCGCAAAAGCGUCUGCGUUAUUCUUGGCUCCCAGAAGACCGUUCUGUGGCCGCGGAGUUUUGAUUAAACAAACGUUGCUCCAGAACUGUUUGGGGAGCAGGCUGGCUGCCUCAGCUCCCCAGAGGGGGACAUUUGGGUACCCGCUGGAAAGCAAAGUGUGGGUGGGGGGAGCUAACAGUCCCUGUGGCUCUCAGCCUUCAAAGCUCUUUGUUGCUUCAGGCGCAGGUACUGCCGAGUGCCACCAGAAACAUAAGGACCCUUCCUUGGGUCAUCUGGCUGAGUAUCGUCAUACACGGGCCGGCAGCAGCUUUCCUGGAUUUCAGGCAAAGGUCCUUCCCAGCCCUGCCCAGAGAUGCCAUUAGGGAUUGAAUCAGGAACAUUCUGCAUGCCAAGCAAGGGCUCUGCCACUUGUGGGUCCUUAUUGUUGGCAAAGGAAGAGAGGGCUUUCUUCUUGGUGACACCUCAGCUGGAGUGCACCUCCCUAAAGAACCAUGCCUAGCACCCAUUUUGUUGCCUUUUAGGCAUCAGGGUAAGGCACCCAAUUCUCUGGGCAUUGAAAUGAGUUAGAAAUGGAGUCCACACACACACAACCACUAUGCUACUUUAUGUGAUUUUUGUCGUGUUGUCAGCUGGGAUUUCUGUGGGACUUGGAUUCCAAAUGAACACGGGGCUAAAUGUUUCUGGUAUAUUGGCACCUUAAAUUUUUUAAAAAAAGAAUAACCUUGGAGCCUAGUGUGCAGUGGAGGUGUGUGUCUGGGGGAAUGCAAGAAGAGAGGUGAUGGGAUCAGCUGCCCCUUUGAUGUGUGUGUGGGGGGGGACAUGUUGUAUUUUUGCUUUUCCUCUGCAGUUUGGUGCUAAGCUUGCUCUAACAUACUUUUUUGGGGUGGGUGGGUGUCUCCUUGUGCUGCAGGCUUUGUACCAUGGCAAGUUCAUUGACACGGGCUUCACACUGCCCUUCUACAAGCGCAUGCUGAACAAGCGGCCGACCCUCAAGGACCUGGAGUCCAUUGACCCCGAGUUCUACAACUCCAUCGUCUGGAUCAAGUCAGUGCUAGCAAGGGUGCUGCUUGCCCCCCCCCCCCAUUUCCUCAUGAGCCCGUGUCCCAUGGAGCUGCUGCCCCAAAUCCACUGAUGGCUUGCACAGCCACUUUUAACCUGUGGUGAUCUCAUAGCACCCAGCAGUACAGCCCCCGCCCCUCCUAUUGCUGUCGCUUGGCACCUUGCCCAAGUGUGCAGCGUUUAGUUGCUCUAAUCUUCUGUGUUUCAUGUGCCCCAAAGCCUGAAGGCUGAGGUUUGCAGCGUAAUAGCAGGAGGGGCAAUCCGCCAGCCCAGGGGCCAAAUGUAGCCCUCCAGACCUCUCUGGGAAGUUCCCCACAAGGGGAAGUGACCCUCCAGCUGAAAUAGGUCCCACCCCGGUGUAAAGAGGGAGGGUGACAAACAAGACAGAGCAAAGGGGCAAAGCAAAAGACCUUGAUCUGAAUGGUGCUGUUAUAAUGAGCAGAAGAGGGAGGAUGAAACAGGCGGGGGCUGCUUGUGGCAUAGCGCCAAGGAAUUGUGGUUUGCAAACCAAAUUAGGGCUGGGGAUGCUGAGAGCAGGUCUCGUGAUAUCUUCUGGGGGGGGGGAAUUAAGCUACUGAGACUGCAGGGGCAGUUUUGUCCGUCCCAACUAGGGACGCCAUGCACUCCUGGGACUCGGGAUAUCCUGCCAUCUACAGCAGCCACUUGGCCUGUGAUCUUUAGCCCCCAGAGCAUGAUUCUUGUAGGUUUCGGUGGCAGCUGCUGAGGCCCCCAACUGUCCUCCUAGUGAAGAUUCAUCUGCUGCUUCUCUCUCCCACCCUUUGCAGAGAGAACAACCUAGAGGAGUGCGGCCUGGAACUCUACUUCAUUCAGGACAUGGAGAUUCUGGGCAAGGUGACCACCCACGAACUGAAGGAGGGUGGAGAGAGCAUCCGGGUCACUGAGGAGAACAAGGACGAGUACAUCAUGUGAGUUCCCGGUCUUCGCUUUCCUGAGGCUUAGAGGUGCUUCGAGAAGCAGCUUGGCCAAAGGCUCUUUCAUUUUGCAUGGCAUUUGGCUCCAGGAAUUGCCUCUUUGCUGGGCUGCUGACCAGGCAGGGUGGUAGGCCACGAAAUUAAGCCCUGCGCUCUGCUGUUAUGCUCAUCAGCUAGCCUUGGGCAUUUGGUGCUCAGUUCCCCAUCUGUAAAAUGGGAACGUUGUGGACCAACGUCACUGGCUGAUUCUGAGAAUGAAUGCGAUACAGAUGAUAAGGCAUUUGGGAUACUCAGUUGUGGUGUGUGUGUUCAUUAAUCCAUGAAGAACAGGAAAUAGGGUCCUCCCAAAAUCACGUAGCUGAGGUUUGGAUCAAGCCAGGGCCAGGUCAAUCAGCUGCAGGUCUUUAGGUGCCCAAGGGGUGCUGAGUGGCUGAUCUGUCUAUCCUUGCAGGUUGCUGACGGAUUGGCGGUUCACCCGGGGUGUGGAGGAGCAGACCAAGGCCUUCCUGGAUGGCUUCAAUGAGGUGGCACCUCUGGAGUGGCUGCGGUACUUUGAUGAGAAGGAGCUAGAGGUGAGCUGGGAUGUUGGAAGCGUGGGGGCCUCCUCUCCUACCCAGAGGGGCCUGUCCUCCUGCUCUGGGCUCUGCCUUCGUACAUUGUCAGGCUGUGCAGAGGUCACGGCAGUUGAGUGAUCUACUGUCUGGCUUCCAAUGAGCCAACUACAUGGUCAUCUACCAUCUUACGUUCCUGCAGCCCCUCGAUAAGGCUGCCACUCCUUGCGAAUAUGAGACCUCUGACUGUUACUUGUCAGUGGAACAAUUAUUGAGAGAAAGGGACAUUUCAGAGGGAUCUUGGUAUUUACUCAAUUUGAAUUUUUUAAAGAAGUUCUAAUUGAAUCUCCCCACUGCCCCUCGCCCUCUGACUAACCAGGAAGUAAAUCUUGUAAAAAACACACACAUAUUUUAGUCAAGUAGGCAGGUCAAGUUUAGCUUCCAGUUUGCAAGAUGCCCAGGUUCCGCAGCCGCACUCUCAAAAUGAUAGAAGCCUUGCCUUGGUGGGUCUUGCCUCUGGACUCUCCUGGUGACCCGGGCUGGGCCCCCUCUCGCCUUCUCCUCCCUUCUAGCUGAUGCUGUGUGGCAUGCAGGAGAUUGACAUGAGUGACUGGCAGAAGAACACCAUCUAUCGGCACUACACCAAGAACAGCAAGCAGAUCCAGUGGUUCUGGCAGGUGAGCCUCCCAAGGAAGAGCUCCUGGCCAAGGGGUCUCCCCUAUAGACAGGGGGAAAGGAAGGUUUGCCCUGGACAGACCCUUGGAUGUGGCAGAGUACUGACACAUGCCUCUGAUCAUACGCAGAGUGCAUUUGCCUCAUCAGUAACGCAUGACCUGUUUGCAGGACCUUUUAGUUCUGAGGAUCUGACUUCCAACCAGAUGUCUCUCCCCGCACUUAGCUGUCAUUGUUAUUAACGCAAUCAGUGUUGCUUUGGGCAAAUCCCUGUCCCUGAGAGCCUGAAAUAUUUUUGGGAAGGUGGGAGCCCGGUCUGACAUCCCCCAACCAUGUUGGCUGCAGGUGGUCAAGGAGAUGGACAACGAGAAGAGAAUCCGGCUUCUACAGUUUGUGACGGGGACUUGCCGGUUGCCAGUCGGAGGAUUUGCUGAGCUUAUUGGUAUUUGUGCAUUUGGCUGCCUAGGGAGGGGGAAGCAGGGGAUGUCGCCGUCCCAGUUGCUGAGUGACUGGGGGAGAACUUCAUGGUGGGGGGAGGGAGGGUCGUGUGGUUCUGUCUGUCAGGUUUGGAGCAGGGCUAUGGGGGCACGUGGAAGUUGUUUUGAGCCCGUUUGGUUGCCUUUGCUUGUGGUGAAGGAACUCAGCUCAAUCUACUUCUCAGCUCUAGUCUUAGAGGUGGGGUGGGGUUGCCAAGAUGGUUUGCAAGCCAGUUUGCAUUUGAAGUGCAACUGUGUGUUCUUGUCACACCCCAUGGGUACUUUUUGUGGGUUUCUGAUGUUGUGCUUCUUUUCUGACAGGCAGCAAUGGGCCCCAGAAGUUCUGCAUUGAUAAGGUUGGCAAGGAGACCUGGCUUCCCCGUAGCCACACAUGGUGAGUUCGUCUGCUUUGGCCCUUCCUGCCUAUGCUUUGGAUGGGUGGGAGGGCACUUCCUUUCCUUUCCCCCUGCUGAUUGGCUGCGCUGUCUUCCUUUUGCAGCUUCAACCGCCUGGAUCUGCCUCCCUACAAGAGCUAUGAGCAGCUGAAGGAGAAGCUCCUUUACGCCAUUGAGGAGACAGAGGGCUUUGGGCAAGAGUGACUCCAAAGAGAUCCUCCUGGGAAGCCAUCCUGAAUACCUGGAAAUGGAGCCAAAUCUCCAGGAAGGAAGGAAGGUGGAAGGAGGUGGCUUUGUGGAAGAGGGAUUGCCCAGGCCUAGAUCUUGUGGUUGGAGAACUAGAGGCUGCAGAAGGUGCUCCCCUUCUCUGCCCCCUUCCCCCCCCCAAAAAAAAUAUUUAGUUGCUUUCCAGCAGAGCAGUGGCUGCAAGUGGUAUCCACUUCCUUCCCUGUGGAUUCCUUGUACCAGUUUCUGAGCUAUGCAGCCAUUCUGCCCCACCUAUGGGCCUCAUGGGCUUUUGUCGUAGCUGCCUUUUAAAGCAAUCCAGACCCACCCCCCACUGGUACCAACCCACCAGGACAUCCUGAACAUUAUGUCAAGGCAUUCUGCACAGGAAAAAAGAGCACUUUUGAGAAUUGCCCCCUUGCCAAGGACACUGGAGUGUGUUGCGAGCCCCUGCUCCAGAUAGCCGCUGGGGAUCAGUAGAGAUGGGUGGGAUCUAGAGGCAGGAUUCCCUACAACUUUCCUAAACCCACCUCCUCUUUCCUGAGGCCUUUUCCCACUCCCUGUGCUGGUAGGUGAGGCUUCUGUGCCCUGCAGCCAUGCUGGUUUUCUGCUGAGAGCAGUGGGCAGGAUUUGGCCCACAUCCCAGGCUCCACUCCUCCCCAAACCCAUGAAGCAGAAGACAGGGCAGGGCCCCAGGCAGUCCCCAGCUGUGUCAUGGAGCAGGAUCUGGGCUGUUCAAAGCAGCAAAUGGGUACCCCCCUCAACCCCAAAGGCUAUAGACAAAGAGCCCUCAGGAAGAGAGAGGAUGCCUUUGGCCAGAUUGCAGGGGAGGCCAAACCAGGCUUCCGCCAAGUAUGGAGAACCUGAGUCUCCUGAUCUGAGCUGUUCCAAGUCUUGUUGGAAGUGGGGCAUCUUCUUUUUCUGGAAACAUUGGUGCCCAGUGAGCUGCAAGAUUGUAGGGGGAAGCCUUUACCUUGAAUGUCUACAAAACAGGUUAUCCCAAGUGCAGAACUCUGAACUUUUUUGCACUAAAAGGCAGGAAGAAGGGGCAGGGGGCGAACCAGAAGAAUCCCCUGUCUUUAUUUCUGGGUGUUUUUUUUUUAAAAAAAUCCUCUGAUUGGAGUAUGUGUGGCUGGCACACCCUGAGAACAGGGACCAGAUGCAAGAGUGGGAGUGGCAUACGUCUGUGUGUGUGUCCUAUGGCUGCAUGGCGGACGGUGGGGAUGCCUCAAGCCUCCACAGCAAGGUGUAUGUCUGCAUAUGAGAGCUGGACUGUGUGUGCGCGCGCGUGUUCGUUUGUAAGUGUGUAUAUAAAAUGUGUAUAAAAAUGUGUAUAUAAAUGUCUGUGGAUACAAAGAAUUGCAAUAGCUUUUGAUGGGGAUCCUGGAUAGUUUUGUACUGCAUCAUCCUGCCUCAGUGACGCCAAUUUCUUGUGCAAUAAACAAUCCGCAGCUGCUUGUGGGC